GUUCACGCUUUUCAUUGGUGGGCAGGCAACGCUACCGAGCUGAAAGCAGGUUAUGUGCAAAUGUUUUGAUCCGGUAACGUCCUGAUUCAAUCUCUGCUGUGAUUAUUCGUCCCGUACAAACGGCCUCAUUCUCUCACUAUUACUGCCGCCGACGCGGGCAUUCUCCUUAAUAAGCAGGAAAAUGAUGAUCGAGGUUGUAUGCAACGACCGGUUGGGGAAGAAGGUCCGAGUAAAAUGCAACUCGGACGACACCAUUAAAGAUCUGAAGAAACUCAUUGCAGCGCAAACUGGCACUCGGUGGGAUAAGGUUGUACUUAAGAAAUGGUACACAAUAUUCAAAGACCACGUGACAUUAAGUGACUAUGAGAUUCAUGAUGGAAUGAACCUGGAGUUAUAUUACCAGUAACUCUCUCGUCUCCUGCUGUCUCGGCCCACAUGCUCCAGUUUGUUUGUCUCCAGUUUCUGGAGAUCUUCCAUUUGAAUUGGACUCUUACAAUUACAAUCCACUGCAGAAAUGUUUUGUUGUUAAAACACAUGAUCAUGUAUUUAUCUAACAUACAUAUCUUUUGUGUGAAGGGAACUGGCUCAUGUUUUUAUUGGAAAAAGAUAGUUAAACUUUUUUUUCUUUAAUAAAAUGUUAAAUCAA